AUGUCUUAUAAAUUCCUGACUAUAUUGACUCCUAAUGGACGAAGGCACAAUAUUAAACUGACUUUAAACACUACAUUAUUGGAGGUCUUGGAACAAGUCUGCUGCAAGUUUCAAUUGGAUCCCAACCAAUACAGUUUAAAGCACCAUAAUAAAGCAGUAGAUUUAUCUGCAAUGUUCAGAUUUUCUGGGCUACCCAAUAAUGGUUUCCUUGAACUAGAAGAGACUAACCAAGUUCGUAAAGAGACUGAUGUACAAAUAGUUAUUCACACAGAGUCAGGGAAACGAUUUUCUGGAAAUUUUUCGCCAUCCGUAUUUCUUCAAGAUAUAUUAGUCAAUCUAUGCCCACAGGAAAUAGAAUUCAAAGAAAAUCCAGUAAUAAUUUAUAUGAGGAAAGAGAUAUAUGGAUCAGCCCUUGGAACGACGAAUUUGAAAGUUUUGGGACUUACAUAUGGAAAAGCUAUGCUAAGACUUCGUAAUAGGGAUCCUGAAGAAAUAAAAAUGCAAGCAAAUGUAUCGUCACUUGAUAUUUCGACUGUUGUUUCAGCAUCAAUUGCAAACAAAUCAUUCAACGAGGAAAUCGAUUUAACAAAAAAUUGUUCAUUUAUCCGUGAACAACCAAUGCAAGUAGAUGAUUUUGAAAACUCCAAAGAAGAUCUAUACAAGGAACAUAUAGAAAAAGAUUUAAAGGCUGUAACUUCACUAUUAACUGAAGGGGAUAAAAGUUGUCCGGAUACUAAGAAACAAAAACUUGAAGAUAAAAAUAAUAAGCAAUCCGAACAAGCUAAAGAAUUACUUAUUGAUGAAAUCAAAAAAUUAGAAGAAGAAAUAAAAAUUAUUGGAGAAAAUGAUGGAGUGGUAUUUUCACUCGAUUCAUUUCAAAGGGUUCGUCAAGAGAGUGAUCUCCCUGAUUCAUUUUUUGAUUUAAGCGUUGAUGAUGUUCGUUUACUGUUAAAUGAUCUAAAAGAUCAAGUAAAGUCUCUCGACAAUGCUCCUAUGCUCACAGCUAAAUUACGAGACAUGGAGAAUGAUCAAAGGAUUUUGAAACUUCUGCAGUACAAAAAAACAAUAAUCAGAAUUAAAUUUCCUGAUCGGUAUAUUCUACAAGUUACACUUAAUCCCGUUGAUACUAUUGAAAAGGUUAUGAGAGUUGUCCAGAAUUUAUCUUGAAAAUGAGGAGUUAGGUUUUUACUUAUUUACAACACCACCAAAAAAGAUAUUGCUUCCAAAUGCACGUCUAGUGGAAUUGCAUUGUGUGCCACAGGCUGUCAUACAUUUUGGUCUAGAAAAGAACAACUCCUGUAAGAGUUUUCUUAAAAAGGAUCUCCUACAAAAUUUAACAUCACCCGAUGCUGCAAUUCUGCACGCUAUGAAAAGUCGUGGUUUGCCGCUGCCAAAAUGCUUACCAGAAAAACAAACAGUAUGUGAUGAUGAUCAGGAGAUGUUAAAUGUAAUUAAUCAAGAAAACUCAAUUCAUAAUGCUAACUCAAAACAAGCAGCUGUGCCAGAUAAUUUUCAAAAGUCAUCCGCCAAUUGCAGUCGCAACGUUCCAAAAUGGUUUAAAAUUUCUAAAUAUAAAUAAACUUGACUUUUAAGUAGUAAUAUUUUACAAGUUUUUACUGUUUGUUUAAACUUUAAACCUAGGACACCACGAAUGGAAUAAGUUACAAGAAUAAAUUUUCAAGUAAAAA